UUUGUGGCUGUUCGCACUCUAUCUUUUCCUGCUUUCCAUGCCACAAUCAUGAAACAGGUAAUGAUGAUGAUCUGAGGAACCGUGUUUGUCUCGUGUCUCAUCCAUGAAGAGAAGGAGAAGACGAACGAAGACGAAGAAGAGAUUCAAAAUCUGAAGAGAACCAAGAUUUUUCGUGAUGGGUCUGUCCAAGGAGAAUCUGAAAGGUCUCAUACUGGCUUUGGUGUCAAGUGGGUUCAUUGGGGCAAGUUUCAUCAUUAAGAAGCAAGGUCUCAGAAGAGCUGCAGCAGCUUCUGGUGUCAGGGCUGGUUUUGGUGGGUAUUAUUAUCUCUUGGAGCCACUCUGGUGGGUGGGAAUGAUCACAAUGAUUGCUGGAGAGGUUGCAAACUUUGUUGCAUAUGCGUUUGCCCCAGCGGUUCUAGUUACCCCUCUUGGCGCAUUAAGUAUUAUUGUGAGUGCUGUGUUGGCUGACAUUAUUCUGAAAGAGAAGCUACACCAUCUUGGGAUAUUGGGCUGUGUAAUGUGCAUUGCUGGUAGUAUCAUUAUUGUUAUUCAUGCUCCUAGGGAACAACCCAUUAAGUCAGUUCAGGAAAUAUGGGAUAUGGCUACUCAACCUGCUUUUCUGGCAUAUGGGGGCUCGGUAAUAGUAUUGGUAUUCAUUCUGGUCUUCCAUUUUGCACCAAGAUGUGGGCAUACAAAUGUGCUAGUUUAUACUGGCAUUUGUUCAUUGAUGGGUUCCCUCUCUGUGAUGAGUGUUAAGGCCCUCGGGACUUCUUUGAAGUUAACUUUUGAAGGGAAAAAUCAGUUGAUCUACCCAGAGACAUGGUUUUUUAUGUUGGUUGUGGCUAUAUGUGUCAUCAUGCAAAUGAAUUAUCUUAAUAAGAAAGCAUGGUGGAACAUUACUAUGGAGGAGGUUAUCAUUGGGCCUAAGUUUCAAAAAUGAAAAAUGCAGCAAGGUUGUCUUUUGUUUGUAUAUAUGAAGGAGAACGCCUUACAAACUCUAUAUGGGGGUAUGUUAGUGGCAAGGAUGUGAAAUUAGGCUCAUGAACAAGGGUCUGAGAGAUUAUGGAAGAAGAAAUAUACAUGAUGCACAGGAUGCAGAAGAGGUGAGGAGUGAAACAUGGGGAUGUGGUGGAAGGAGAGAGAGAAAGAAUAACAAAAUUUCAAGUGGCUAGAGGGUAGAGUGAGGAGAGUGAGAAGGAUUAUAUGACAGGUGUUGUAAUUGAAUCUGGUUAUGGGGAAAUCAGUAUCAAUAUUGGGUAGCCUUGGUGAGGAAGUUGGUUCUUCCUCAGGAAAGGGGUUCUCUAAUUUCUGCUAUUUGCUUGGUUUCUAUUGUCCAUCUUGUAAGGAGGUAGUCUCCAGCCAUUACCCUAAAUUUCUUUUUCAUUUUCUUGGGUUAGGUUUAUAUAUCUGAUAUAGGAGUAAUGGAGUAUCAAUAUUAAUUUAUACCAAGUAUUUCUGAAAGAAAGUUGGAUUGUUGGAGUGAGAACUACAAGUUGGCUAAAUGAAUCAAAAGUGAGCAAAAUAAAGCGUCGUAAAUAUUGAUUCAUGUCUAUGGUUUCACAUGUAUUAGUAUAGUUUUUUUUUGGUGUCUUGCGAUUAAGGGUAAUGUUGUAGCAAUAACUAUUAGGGAUAAUGUGACGGAAACUUGCAUAUGUUGGUUUUCUAUCGUGUCGUAAGACUAAUAGAAGAUCCAAAGUGAAAAUGGUAUCAUGAGGUGGUUUAAGGUCAUAAAAAUACCUAGAGAAGUGUUUUAAAAACCAAUAAGGAAAUUAUUCUUCUGUAAGAUUGUACUGAAAACAUAGGUUUUAAUAGAGCCUAUAGACAUUGAUUGAUUCAUGUAAAUGAGCCUAGCUAAUGGGAUAAGGUGGUCUUUGUUUCCAGACCCCUUUGAAUUGGUAUGCUACCACUUCUUAUUAAACUGAAGACAGAUGAAUAUAAAUCAGAAUGAAAAAUCUUAGGAACUGAAAUUCCGUUAAAAGAUCUGGAAUUCUUUUCAUGAUUUCUUGAGUUAAUCGUAUCAGUAAGAGGGGAAUUACAUUCCAUUGGAGGACUCUUUCUGAUAAGGUUUGAUAUCAAUAAUUCCUGCUAUCAUUUUACUAGUUUCAUUUUCGAUCCUCGAUUCAACAUACAAUAUUACAACAUGCUAAUUCCUACGGAACCAGAGCAUCUUACAAACCUCAGAACUAAGAUUAGUCAAUAAAACAAAAGUGAAAUCAAGAAAAAACAGAAGUAAAUGGCUUUGCACCAUGCAACAAUUAAAGGUUUAGUCUUUGGUACUCUCUCAUUGCUUACUGAUAAUCUUAUCUGAAACAGUCCUCUAUCAUUCCUCCAUACAGCGUGCAACGUGAUGUUACUUCUAUUUUAUUAUGUGAUUUCUUCUGAGUUCUGAGGUUUACUGUUAUGUUCUGUAUGAUUUCACAUACAAAGGAGAUUGGAUACAGGAGAAUAUUAGGCUGACUGAGGUGGCUAUGUUUCUGUAUCUUGUGUUAGCUUCUUAAUCAGUUUGACUGAGCUGUUUCUUGAUGUAGUGAUAUGAUCUUUUAGAAAUUAGAAAUGAAAUAAAUAUUUAAUUUGAAAAUGCUGGCAUCCCCAUUGCUAAAUUGCUGAUAUUUAUAGCUCUUUCCAGUGACGUAGUGAUCAAUUAUAUAUUUUACGUUUUCUAUUCUUAUUUCUUCGUUAAAUUUAUAUCAAAAUGAUGUUCAACUUAAAUUCAAUUGAAAAAGAAAGCAAUUACAGAUUAUUCAGAUUUGAAAAUAUGAAUCGACUACAUGCAUCACUGACAUGAUGGUAAUG